AUGCAUACAGCCAGACGUACUGUGAGUAUAUUCCCGCAAAUCCAUUCCCCUCACGCCUAUAGUCCCGCCUCCACUGACGAGAUGAGGCUCCUUAAAGCGCGAACACUUGUUGAGACUCAGCGUAUUUCUUUUGUAGAAUUUUACGGCGAUAGACCGAGAUAUGCCAUUCUUUCGCAUACUUGGGAAACUCACCAAGAGAUCACUUACCAGGAUUGUAAUCGCGAAUCGUCCAAAGCGAAGACAGGAUAUGACAAGAUUCGCAAGACCUGUGAGCUAGCACUGGGUGACGGGCUCGACUACGUGUGGAUUGACACCUGUUGCAUUGACAAAUCCAGCAGUGCCGAGUUGACUGAAGCCAUCAACUCAAUGUUCCUGUGGUAUCAGGAGGCAGCUGUCUGCUACGUGUACCUCGUGGACAAGUUCGAAGGGUCGUCGCUAGGAGACUGCCGAUGGUUCAGCCGCGGCUGGACGUUACAGGAGCUGAUAGCGCCAAAGUUCAUGUGCUUCUUCAACAAUUCAUGGGACUGCAUUGGUAGCAAGAACAGCCUCAUGGGCCAACUUGCAGUUAUCACCCCAAUCGACCCCGAUAUACUUCGUCACAAUGCUCCGAUCUCAUCCGCUUGCAUCGCAAAACGGCUCUCUUGGGCUGCUGGCCGAAAGACCACUCGUGUCGAAGAUAUGGCAUACUGCUUGCUUGGGAUAUGCAACAUCCAUAUGCCACUGCUCUACGGAGAAGGCAAGAUCGCAUUUAGGCGCCUCCAAGAAGAAAUCAUCAGAUCUACAUACGAUCUGAGCCUUUUGGCCUGGACGCCACCGAUGUACUCCGUCACGGACUCCCUGAUGGACGAGGGCGAAAUCAGCGUCUCAAACAAGGGCCUCAGGCUAAUGGCCCGAGUGUGUGUUCUGGACUACUCAGAUCAGGGUUAUAGAUACGUGCUGAAGCUGGAUUGUAUGGCUCCCGGUUUCGAAGGAGACUUUCUGACAAUACCCAUGCGUAAGGUGGGACCCAACACUUUUGUGAGGGCCCAUAGCCUCUGUGAAGGCGAUUACUCCUUCCACCUUGAGACUGCAUCUUGGGGCGAAAGUGCGUUUUACACCGUUACCCUUCUCACCACGAUGCCUAGUCUGGCCGUACGAUCGCCGUUCUCCGUGGCUAGAGGGCCGGACCUUAUCUCAUCCAGUCGACUGACGUUGGUUUCAAUAGAGCUGCCGUCGGAUAUAUCGAUAGUUUACGCAGUCGAGACACCUGUCAAGUUCUGGGACGCAGAAGACAGGGCGUUCUUCGGACCCCAUGGCUCAUAUCAAAAUUGGGGUGCGUUUGUGCUUGAGACAAAUACCCUCUUCAUCUGUUUUUGGCACAAGGUAGACGGUGAGUGGGUUCUGGAGGCGAGUCUUUUAGACAUGUCGAGACCAGAAGUCCACAAUCUAUGGAAGGACCUUUUUCUCUCGGCAGAGCAACUGGGCUAUCAGCAAAUGAUCGUUCGGUAUAUGCUGAACAGUAUUGAGGAAGAAAUGGAGUCUUCUGUAGAGACUCGACUUAAGGAUAAGAAAAUUACACUGUCGUUUAAAGUUUGGCGUGCCGAGAGUGAAAAUCUGUGCAGCGGUCCGCGAUGGAGGGUUGUGUUCAGCAAGACAAGCUUUGUUAGAGAAAGCUCUUCUGAGUCAGAGCUGGAUUAA